AUGGCCGGGCUAUUCAAGAAAGUCUACGACUGGUUGCUCAGAACCUUCUGGGCGACAGAGAUGGAUGUGACCAUGAUCGGCUUGCAGAACGCAGGAAAGACGUCACUGCUGAGGGUUAUUUCGGGCGGAGAAUUCACUCUUGACUCCAUCCCAACAGUAGGCUUCAACCUCAAGCGCGUCCAGCGCGGCCACGUCACCCUCAAAUGCUGGGAUCUCGGCGGCCAGCCGCGGUUUCGACAAAUGUGGGAGCGCUACUGCCGAGGCGUCAACGCGAUCGUCUUUAUCGUCGACAUCGCCGACCCUCGUCUUCUCCCGGCAGCCAAGGACGAACUGCACUCCCUCAUGCGAAACGAGACUCUCCAGGGGAUUCCACUUUUGGUGCUAGGCAACAAAUCCGAUUUGCCCGAACGGUUGUCCGUCGAUGAGCUGAUUGAUGCGAUGGAUCUCAAGAGCAUUGCCGGAAGAGAGGUCAGCUGUUAUGGGAUUUCCGCGAAAGAAGAGAUGAAUCUCGAUGCGGUUUUGCAGUGGUUGAUGAGGUUUGCUGGGAAAUGA